UCCGGAAGUAGUUUGGGCCGCUGCAAGGCAACACCCCGGCGUCCCUGGAAGCGGGAAAGCUGGGAACCCCGGUGGUGCUAGGGAAGCUGCGCAGACCCGGGAACCCUCGCUCAGAACUCCCCGGGGUGAGGGACAGAUUCUAGGAUUGGCAGGAGAUGGAUGAGUGCACUUGGAUGACCCUUCCCCUACAAUUGUUAUGGCUCAUAGAAGGUCUCAGGCCUGGUGGCAAGUAGGACUCAUCAAAUUUCAUCUGAUCUGUUGGAGUUUGAGCCCAGACCAAUCAUGGCCGGAAGACCUAUCCGCAUAGGAGACCAGCUGGUUCUGGAGGAAGAUUAUGAUGAAACCUAUAUCCCCAGUGAGCAAGAAAUUGUUGAAUUUGCCAGAGAGAUAGGUAUCGAUCCCAUCAAGGAGCCGGAACUGAUGUGGCUGGCACGGGAGGGCAUUGUGGCCCCACUGCCCGUGGAGUGGAAACCAUGCCAGGACAUCACAGGUGAUAUUUACUAUUUCAACUUUGCGAAUGGGCAGUCCACAUGGGACCACCCAUGUGAUGAGCACUAUCGGAACUUGGUAAUCCAAGAGCGAGGGAAGCUGUCAGCUUCUGGGGCUAUUAAGAAGAAAGACAAGAAAAAGAAAAAGGAAAAGAAAGACAAGAAGGACAAAGAGACCUCAAAAAGUGCUGUGGCCCUGGGCUCCUCAUUAGCUUCGGUCCAUAUCCCUGUUGGGGGCCUGGCUCCCUUACGAGGCCUUGUGGAUGCCCCACCCUCUGCUCUUCGUGUAUCUCAAAGUGUGGACUUGGGGGAUGCAGUGGAGUCUGGCCAGCUUGGAGAGCUCAUACUGCCUUCACAGGGUCUCAAGACUUCUGCUUAUACCAAGGGUCAUGAGGACAAGAAUGCUGUCAGCCUCUUUGCUUUAGAGGAGGAGGCCAAUGAGGAGGAUGAAGUGGAGAGUGACAACCAGAGUGUCCACAGCUCAAGUGAGCUUCUCAAGAACCUGCACCUGGACAUUGGGGUGUUGGAAGGCAACUUUGAGUAUGAGGAGUCUCCAAGAACAAGCAAACCAGAGGAGAAGGAUGUCUCUCUUGGAUGUGAUGCUCCUUAUCCCACUGCUCCCAGCAAGCUCGUUAGCCAGGGUGCAGACGGCAGUCUCACCUGUGCAGAGGUCAGAGGACAGCAGGGGAGAGGGGCGAACGCUUGGCUCCCAGGGAUAGAAAAGAAUCACAAGAGUGAUCCUGUGAUGUCCAAGAGUCUGGUGGAUCCUGGGAGCAAUCGGCCUGCCAAAUGCAAUAAAAAAGAUGCACCAGAGGACCUGGUGGCUGCAGGAGAGGAGGGUUCCAGGAAGGAAGAGGCAGCAAAGGAGCCAAAGAAGGAGGCUGCUGUCCCAGAAGAGAGCAUAUCAGACGCCAGUGAAGAGCCAGAGAUCAAUGAACCCAUGAAGGAACUACAGAUCUCCUACUCCACUGCUUCUGACCCCAAGUCCUUCCUUGGCCUGGACUUUGGUUCCUGCAGCCGAAUCUCAGAGCACCUGCUGGAUGUUGACGUGCUUUCCCCGGUGCUGGAUGGAGCCCACUGGGAGGCCCAGAGGUUGGGAAGAGAAGACAAGGAAAACAGCCAAUCCAGCCAAGAUGAGCUACAGAGCAAGCAGUCCAAAAGCUCAGAGAGGUUAUCUCCUUCACUUCUGCACGGGGAGCGACUCAAGAGUCCCCUUCACAGUCAGGCCACUGAAAAAGGGCCUCUGCAGGCUCCUGAUGGGCAGCCUGAGUGGAAUGGGGCAGAGGAGCCGGGGGAGGUGCCUGCAGGCCGUGCCAUCCUGCCUGCUUCCCUGCAUAGGGAGGAGAUCCUGAGUCCACCUGCUGCCUCCAGGAGGGGUGAGGAGCAGUGCUGCCCGGUCGAGGAGCCCAAGGAGAAGGUGGUGGUCAGCCCUGCUCUGCCAGUCUCUCCUGAGGUAGAGAAGACGGCAUGUCACACCACACAGGGCCAUGUGGGGAAGGACCUGCACUGCUCAGGAGGCAGAAGAGGCGAGAAGGGAGAGCAUGGUCCAGAGCCUUUAUUGGGGUUUUCGUGGGAAGGAAUGGACGAGGCAGGGCGAUCUCCAGAGCUCCUGGCUCCCCCAAAGCAGCUCUCAGAGGCCACCUUGAAAGCCAUGGAAGAGGCAGUGGCCCAAGAACUGGAGCAAGACCAGAGGCAGCUACUGGAACUGAAGCAAGAGAAGAUGCAGCAGUUGCGGGAGAAGCUGUGGCAGGAGGAGGAGGACGAGAUCCUCCAACUUCACCAACAGAAAGAGAAGUCCCUUAGUUUUCUGAAGGAGCAGCUACAGAAAGCCACUGAGGAAGAGGGGACUCGGAUGAGAGAGGAGGAAAGCCGGAGGCUCUCCCAACUCCGGGCCCAGGCCCAGUCCCAGGCAGAAGCAGAUGAGGACCAGAUCAAGGCUGAGCAAGAGGCUUCCCUGCAGAGGAUGAGAGAGAAGUUGGAGUCUCUACAGAAGAGCGAGAGGGCCAGCUUGGAACAGAGAAACAAGCAAAUGCUGGAGCAGCUCAAGGAAGAGAUGGAGGCUUUGGGGAAGAGAGAGCAGGCUGCCCUGAAUGCUGAGAAGGAGAAGGCUCUGCAGCAGCUGAGGGAGCAGCUGGAAGGAGAGAGGGAAGAAGCGGUGGCAGCGCUAGAGAGGGAGCACAGAGCUGAGCUGGAGCAGCUCUCUUCCUCCCUGAAGGCCAAGCAUAGACAGGUGGUCUCCAGCCUCCAGAAGAAGAUAGAGGAAGCUCAGCAGAAAGAGGAGGCCCAGCUACAGGAAAGCCUGGGGAGGGCGGAGCAGAGAGCGCAGCACAGAGUUCACCAAGUGCUAGAGUACGAGCAAGAGCUCAGUGCUCUCCUGAGAGAGAAGCGCCAGGAGGUGGAAAGGGAACAUGAGAGGAAGAUGGACAAGAUGAAGGAGGAGCACCAGCAAGUGCUGGCUGAGGCCAGAGAGCAGUAUGAAGCCGAGGAGAGGAAGCAGCGGGCUGAGCUCCUGGGGCACCUGACCGGAGAACUGGAGCGCCUGCGAAGGGCUCACGAGCGGGAACUGGAGACCGUGAGGCAGGAGCAAGACAGGCGGCUGGAAGACUUGCGGCAUCGGCACUGGGAGCAGGAAAGGAAACUUCGAGAUUUAGAGGUAGAACUUGAAACCAGAGCCAAAGAAGUCAAGGCCAGAGUGGCUGAGCUGGACAUUCAGGAGACUGUCCGGAAGGAGAAGCAGCAGCUCCUUGACGUGAAGAAGCAGGUUGAGCUGGAGAGCGAGGAAGUCACAGCCACCCAUCAGCAGCUGGAAGAGGCAAAGAAGGAGCACACCCACCUAUUGGAGUCAAACCAGCAGCUCCGAAGAAUUCUCAGUGAGCUUCGGACCCACAAGUUGGAGCUGGAAUCCCAGGUGGAUCUUCUGCAGACCCAGACUCAGAGGCUGCAGAAGCACAUCAGUGACCUGGAAGCCAAAGCUCAGAGGAAGCAGGACACAUUGAAAGAGCUGGCAGUUGAGAAGAGCAGUGCUUCCCCAUGCUUGGAGCCGGAUCUCCACAUCGAGGACCUGAGGAAAUCCCUUAGGACUAGCCAGACCGAAGAGGUACCCUCUUCUCUGUCCCAGAGCAAGGAAGACACUGACUUGUCCCUGGACAGCUUCCGGCACUACCUCUCUGCCGAGGGGGUAGCUCUCCGCAGUGCCAGGGAGUUCCUGGUGCGGCAGAAACACUCCAUGCGGAGGCGGCAGAUAGUUCUGAAAGCCGCCCAGCAGCACUGGUGCCAUGAGCUGGCCAGUGCUCCGGGUGCAGCCAAAGACCCGCUAGGCACCAAGGCCCUGGAGGACGUGCGGAAGGACCUGCGGGAGGAGGAGAGGCACCUGGAUGAGAUGCAGUCAGCCAUGCGGAAAGGCCACAACCUGCUCAAGAAGAAGGAGGAGAAGCUGAAUCAGCUGGAGUCCUCUCUUCAGGAAGAGGCUGCAGAUGAGGACACACUGAGAGGAGCCCCCACCAAGAAAGUGGUGACCUUCGACCUCAGCAGCUCUGAAAACACCAGCAGUGAAAGUUCAGAAUCUGGCCCCUUGCCUCACAUCAGCCCGACUGCAAGCCCCACCUUACUCAACAAGAUCCACUACUUGGACAGCUCCCUGAAGCGGAUUAGCAGCCAGCUAAAUGAUGUCCUCUGCAUGCUGGGUGUCCUCAACACUCAGCCGCCACCCCCACUCCUCACCUCCACCCCAGCCCAGAUCCCGCCCCCAUCCUGCAGGAGUGCUCUCAUUUCCACCCACACCUCCCUGGGCCGGGUCUCAGCCUCCUCCCCCACCACAGCCAUGUCCACCCAGUGGGCCUGGUCCCCAGGCCUGGGCCCUAGGCUCUCCUCCUCAGUGACUCAAACAGUGGAUGACUUCCUGGUAGAGAAGUGGCGCAAAUAUUUUCCAACUGGGGUCCCAAUCCUCAGCAGUGGUCCUGCCCCCUUGGAGAACAGGCUGGGGUACGUGUCUGCCAGUGAGCAGCUCCGCCUCCUGCCCCAGCCUCAGUUGCACAUCUCCCACGUGGGCAGCACCAACUUUCAGGGCAUGAUUGAGGCUAACCUGAAGUGGCUAGAACGUUACAAGAGUGAUCCCAAGUUACAUCUUUUCUCGGUGCACAAACCCACAGCCACUCUGGGCCUCCAGCAGCUGGGCCUGGAUCAGAACAACAGACUGAAGAUCUAUCGCUCCUGA